AUGCGUUUUUGCAAGAGGGAAGAGCAAUCAGGAAUCGAAUUCGAGUGCCCUUCCUUGGUUUUGCGUAAUGAGGAGAGCAGUGAUUCUAACGAAUUGUGUAGACAAUGCCUCACGCUAAUGGAUAUCGUGCCCGUACUCGUUACAUUAGUUCCUCUGUCUACGAACAUGCGCUGCUAUCACGUAGGUGACUACGUCGAUAUUGUGGCCAACGGAGCUGUUCACAAGGGUAUGCCUUUCAAGGGUUACCACGGACGCACUGGAGUCGUUUUUGAUGUCACCAAGACCGCUGUGGGUGUGGAGGUGAACAAGCAGGUGAGAAACCGCAUCAUCAAGAAGAGAAUCCACGUGAAGGUCGAGCAUGUCCUGCCUUCCAAGUGCAGAAAGCAGCAUCUGGACCGUGUGAAGCAGAACGAAGCCAUCAAGGCCGAGAAGAGAGCCGAGAAGGUGUGCCUGAAGCGCCUGCCUGCUCAGCCUCGUGCUGCUCACACUGUGGUUCCCACCAAGCCCAUUAAGACCGUGUUCGUGCUUCCUUACGAGAUUCUGGCUUAAGGAUGUUGCUGUUGACUGUUGAUUUGGUGCUUUGUCUGUUUGUUCAAUUCAUUUUUGUUUGAAAUGGUGUUUUACUACACGGUGCGAGGUACCCAUACUGC